UAGUCAGCAGAACGAGUAGCUGAGCAGAGCAACACAGCAUCCACGGCUACAGCAUCCUGCAGAUGACUCCGCUCCAUGGAGGAGAGGGAGGGGGAAAAAAAGGAACAAGUGUUGGAGAGAAAGAGGGAGAUCCACAGAUGAAGAGAGACUGAGAGAAGCACAGAGGGAGUAAGAGUGGGAAAUGAAAGGAAUUGAGUAAACACCGCUGGUCGCCUGAGGACCACUGCAGCUGUACUAAAUCUGGGGCUAUCAGGCCAACCCUCAGCAGAGCAGUAAGUGAGAGAGGCAAGGGAGCAAAGGAGAAAAAGAAGUGAUUUGAAGAGCUGAUCACAUCAUUCUGGACAAGCAGGAAUGGGAACCCCAAGAGCCUCUCCGUCAGCAGAUCAAACUUCACACAGGAAAAGUGCCUUCAGAUCACCGGUCUGAACCUGCCUCUUCAGAAGAGUGAAGAAAACGGGCAAAACAAGAGAGUUGUCCUGUUAGUUCCCGAAAGGUAUCACACAGGAUCUGAGUUCAGCCCAAGUCUGUGCUCUUUCCAAGUCCCCCCUUGGUCGUCCCUCGCACCUGCCUGCUCCUGGUGAAUGUCUUCUUUGCAUGCACUCCCACUGCUCGGCAGUUGAACACACUCAUGGUCGAUGCCAAGGGAAGGAACAUGAAAUGUCUGACUUUCUUCUUAAUGCUUCCCGAGUCAGUGAAAAGCAAGUCAAGUAAAAGCUCCAAGAAAGGGAAUGCCAGUGGCAGCUCCAAGCUGCCCCCAGUCUGUUAUGAGAUAAUCACUCUGAGGAGCAAGAAGAAGAAGAAGAUGGCAGCGGAUAUUUUUCCCACCAAAAAGCCGGCAUCCACCACCACAGUGCAACUGUAUCAGCAGCAGAACCUCAACAACAACAACACCAUACAGAACUGUAACUGGCAGGGACUCUACUCCACUAUAAGAGAAAGAAAUUCAGUAAUGUUCAACAAUGAGCUGAUGGCAGAUGUGCACUUUGUGGUGGGUCAGCCUGGGAGAACCCAGCGGCUGCCAGGACACAGAUAUGUUUUGGCCGUUGGGAGCUCAGUGUUCCACGCAAUGUUCUAUGGUGAACUUGCUGAAAACAAGGAUGAAAUCCAUAUUCCAGAUGUGGAACCAGCAGCCUUUCUGGCAAUGUUGAAGUAUAUUUACUGUGAUGAGAUUGACUUGAGUGCUGACACAGUGUUGGCCACUCUUUAUGCUGCCAAGAAGUACAUUGUCCCUCACCUGGCACGUGCCUGCGUCAACUUCCUGGAGACCAGCCUGAGCGCCAAAAAUGCCUGCGUGUUACUCUCCCAGAGCUGCCUGUUCGAGGAGCCGGAGCUGACACAGCGCUGCUGGGAGGUGAUUGAUGCCCAGGCCGAGCUGGCGUUACGCUCAGAGGGCUUCUGUGACAUCGACGCACAGACCCUGGAGAGUAUCCUACAGCGAGAGACACUCAACGCUAAAGAGAUAGUGGUAUUUGAGGCAGCGCUCAGCUGGGCUGAGGCUGAGUGUCAGAGACAGGAGCUCACCUCUUCAACUGACAACAAGCGUAAGGUUUUGGGCAAGGCCAUGUACCUGAUACGUAUCCCUACAAUGGCUCUGGAUGAUUUUGCCAAUGGAGCAGCCCAGUCGGGCGUGUUGACGCUUAAUGAGACCAAUGACAUCUUCCUGUGGUACACAGCAGCCAAGAAACCUGAGCUGCAGUUUGUCAGCCAGCCCAGGAAAGGCCUAACACCCCAGCGUUGCCACAGAUUCCAGUCCUGUGCCUACAGAAGCAAUCAGUGGCGCUAUCGGGGCCGCUGUGACAGUAUACAGUUCGCAGUGGAUAAAAGAGUUUUCAUUGCUGGCUUUGGACUGUACGGAUCUAGCUGUGGCUCAGCAGAGUACAGUGCCAAGAUUGAGUUGAAACGUCAAGGAGUACUGCUGGGACAAAACCUCAGCAAAUACUUCUCCGAUGGUUCCAGCAACACCUUCCCAGUGUGGUUUGAGUACCCAGUCCAGAUCGAGCCCGAUACAUUCUACACUGCCAGUGUGGUUCUGGAUGGAAACGAGCUGAGCUACUUUGGACAGGAAGGGAUGACAGAGGUGCAGUGUGGGAAAGUGACAUUUCAGUUCCAGUGCUCCUCAGACAGCACUAACGGCACAGGGGUGCAGGGGGGACAGAUUCCUGAGCUCAUCUUCUACGCUUGACAAGCCCUGUGCACAUAUUUGACUGAUUUUCAAUGCAUUUAUGGAAAAUAGAAAAUGAUCACUUUGUGCAUAGUGUCACUUUCUGUUAUUUAUUUUUGUCACUACUGUGCAAAACAAAAUCUGGUCUCAAACCUUUGAAAGGGUCUUAUGUGGUUUUAAUUUUAGUAAAUGGUCCACUUGAGUAGGACCAGAUCUAUUUCAAGUUGUUGGAUUGUGAAAAUACGCUGAUGAACAAAAGUUCUAAAAGAUUAAAAAUAUCUUGCACUAAAUGUGCCUGUAUAUAUGAAUAUAUGUAAAUUCUGAAAUGUAUAUGAUGCCACCAAUUGUGGCCAAUGCUGGCCACAAAGAUAUCUUAUAUGAUGAAUAUGCUACAGUAUGUUUAUUAUGUCUAUUCUUGCAUAGAAUGCACAUAUAGAGCAGCAAUACUUCACAUUCUAUAUUCUACGAUGAACAUUUCCUGUCAUGACUCAGUCUGGACCAUCAGCAUUAUACGUCAAAAAAGCUGUAUGAUACUUAAAGCAACUUUUCAAGUUAUGAUUACAGUCAAAAACACUGUUUGUCCUAUUGUAGUGUGUAAACCCCAUUAGGCAUUUGUAUUCGAGUGGUUUCAAUUGAAUCUGCAGCUUUUUGAUACUUUGAAUCUAGUAACAGGGCACUUAGAGAGGUCUUGAGGGGUCUUAGAUUAGGGAGCACUGAAUAUAAUGAGACACACAACCCCUACAGUAUCUCUCUGUAGCAUGUUGCUCUGCAUCUACACAAAUCUCAGUCACUCCAGUGAGGUAUCAUUUGCAUCAGUGUCAUUAUGUUUACAGUGAAAAUGAACUUAAAGUGAUCACCAUUCACCACUACAGGGUGGAGUGAAAGAUUUCUUUGGUUUUCCCUUGGAUUCUGUCUGCAUUGCAGUACUGACGUGUGCUACUAAUUGUUAUUGCAUCUUGGUUUUGUUUACAGCAAAAAAAUCAACGAUUGAUUCAGUGUUAGAAGCUGUUUAUCUUAUGGACAUUUACUUCUCUUUGUUAACAACCCUGUGCACUCUGAACUGCUGAGCACUCCCUCCCAAUGUGAUCAUUCAGUAUCAGUAUUUGCAGAAGCAUAAUGUUUAUGCUACAGAAUUGCACUGAUGUUGGUUUGUAAUUGAAUUUGUUUCAUUAUUUUUAUGAGUCAGAUUUUUUUUUAUUUAAUGUGAUACUGAAUAUUCUUUCUGGUGUAGGAUAAACAUCCACAGGCUUGUCUGCCGAUGACAAUAGAUGGGAAAACUGGUGUUCAUGUCCUGUGUUUACGUGCUACAGUGCUGGGAGACCAACGAAUGUGUAUGAUUGUUGAUGAUGCAAAUAAACAAAACAAAUGGUA